AUGCCUAGCAGAAGAGCCCGCAAGAAGCGGCGGACAGAAGACUUUUCGAGCUCUUCGGAGUCUGAGAACGAUAGCGACUCCAUGAGCGUGGCCAGCGUACACGAAGAGCAGCCGGACGUGCCUGAAGCAUACACAAUAGAUGGCCUGGACACACAGGAGGUGUCUGAUAGCACGCAGCUGAGACUACAGCAGCUAAACAAGGACCGACUGGCCAGUUUGGAACACAGCCUGGUCAGCAACGUGAAACUCGACUUGGACGCAGCACAAAACCAGAUAAAAAAUGCGCGCGAGCAGCUACAGAACGAGUAUUUGAAGAAGAUGCUCGUGACGUACUCGGAGGACCUGGAUGCACUGCGCCAAAAAACCGAUUUCAAGGAGAACUCACUCAAAACUCUCGCCCGUCUUCUCAAAGAGAGCGGAAACAUCUUUGACGACGAAACUCUCAAGUCGCUAGUUGAGUAG